ACCUAUUAAAUAUAUAACCCUGCAUGCUUUGUGUUUUCUAGGCAAGAAAUUUUCAUUUUCAUCUCUUCUACUCAAAUUCCAAUCUCAAAAUACUGAGACAGCCAGCAAUCGAGAGUGCCUGAAAACAGAGCAGGCUAAUAGGAACAACCCAUAUAAUUAUUUCCAUGGGAGACACAGCAGAGAAUAAGGGCAUGGAAGAGAGUCUCUUUAUCAAAGAGAUAUACGACGAAAGAGAUGGCGAUUCUUCAGCUACUCUAACAUGGCAAUUGUUCUGUCAAGAAGUGAAAAAAAUGGGUUUCAUAGCAGGACCCAUGGUCGCUGUGGUUCUCUCUCAGUACCUCUUGCAAGUUAUUUCCAUGACUAUGGUUGGUCACCUUGGUGAACUUGCUCUCUCUAGCACCGCCAUAGCCAUUUCUCUCUCUAGUGUCACUGGUUUUAGUCUCAUCCUGGGGAUGGCAAGUGCAUUAGAAACUUUAUGUGGACAAGCUUAUGGAGCUAAACAAUAUCAAAAGCUAGGAAUUCAAACUCAGACUGCUAUAUUCUGCUUAAUCCUAGUUUGCAUCCCUCUUUCUGUGAUAUGGAUUAACAUGGGAAAGAUACUUGUUUUCAUUGGCCAAGACCCUACAAUUUCACAUGAAGCUGGUAAAUUUACAAUGUGGCUAGUUCCUGCACUCUUUGCCUAUGCAACUCUUCAGCCUCUUGUUCGAUACUUUCAGACACAGAAUUUGAUCUUCCCAAUGCUCCUAAGCUCUUGUGGGGCACUUUUUUUCCACAUACCUCUCUGUUGGGUUUUAGUAUUCAAGUCAGGACUAGAAAACGUUGGAGCAGCUUUUGCGAUUUGUAUUUCAGAUUGGCUGAAUGUAAUUUUUCUUGGACUAUACAUGAAGUACUCUUCCGCCUGUGCCAAAACUCGUGCCCAAAUUUCUAUGGAGUUAUUCCACGGGAUCGGAGAAUUCUUUCGCUUUGCUAUCCCUUCUGCCGUGAUGAUCUGCCUUGAAUGGUGGUCAUUUGAGCUGCUUGUGUUGCUCUCAGGACUCUUACCAAAUCCAGAGCUUGAAACUUCAGUCCUAUCUGUGUGUCUCACAACUAUUUCUACACUCUAUGCAAUUCCAUAUGGAUUUGGUGCUGCAGUAAGCACUAGAGUCUCAAAUGAACUAGGAGCAGGAAACUCACAACUAGCACAUUUUGCUGUUUAUGCUGUGUUGUUUCUUGCAAUAGUGGAGACUACUAUAGUAAGUGCGACCCUCUUUGCCACCCGCCAUGUUUUCGGCUAUGUUUUCAGCAAUGAAAAGGAAGUAGUGGAUUAUGUCACGACCAUGGCUCCUCUGGUUUGUUUGUCAGCCAUAAUGGAUAGCUUACAAGGGGUGCUUUCAGGAGUUGCAAGGGGUUGUGGAUGGCAGCAUGUGGGGGCUUUUAUCAACCUGGCGGCCUUCUAUCUUUGUGGGAUUCCAGUGGCUGCAAUAUUGGGUUUCUGGGUGAAGUUAGGAGGUAUGGGCCUUUGGAUUGGAAUACUAGUUGGUGCCUUUACACAAACAAUUCUUCUUGCUGCUGUUACGAGCUGCUUAGAUUGGGAAAGACAGGCAAGCAUGGCAAGGGAAAGGUUAUUUGGAGGAAGAUCUUUGGUUGACAAUGGAAUAAUGUGAAUUAAAAGAUAUGGACUAAUACGGUAACAAAUACAAGGAAUGCAUGCUGAAUAAUUACCCAAAUACAAUUGAUGGACUAAUAUUGUAGUUGGGAUUGUAUAAUAUAUUGUAGUAUAAUAUAA